GGGCUUGAAUAGGGCUAAACACUUUUAGGGCAAACCAGAGGAAUAGAAUAUUCGGCUCCCAACGGCUACCUGGAUUUUGAAUGCUACCCCCCCGGCUUUUAAAAUGGGAGAGAGUGCUCGCGUUUUGGGGCAGUGGAGCUUUGGUACCUAGCUAUGGAGGCGGUGCCAGUCCGGAGAACACGUAGCCAGGCAAGGAAGGAGCAGCAGCAGGAGGAGGAAGUGAUCUUAGCCGUGGAUUUGCAGAUCGAUCCAAUCGCGGCAGAGGAGCAUGCGAAGCUCGGGUGGCGGCGGCGCGGCGUGCCCGGCAAGAGGAGGACGGCGGCCCCGCGGCGGCGGCCACUGGCGGACGUGACCAACGAUUCGCCCAUCGCUGGGAUGUGCAAGGGCUCGCCGGCGGCGGCCAUGGCUAUCGCGAAGAACAAGAGCGCGGCCGUGGUGUUGGAGGAAGAAGAAGAGGCCGGUGAGAGCUUGCUGAGAUCUCAGGUCCAGUCCUUGCUCGAGACGGUCGAUCCUUGCAAGGUGACUAGCUUCGUGUACUCGUCGCCGUGCUCGGAUCAUGGCGGCCCAACGCCCGCAAACACCCCAGCUGGUGGCGCCACCGCCGCCGCCGCCGCCGGGAUGAUCACUAUCGCUAUCCACGAUCCAGCCGAGGAGGAGGACGACCAGAGCUCCAACUGGUCAGUGGAUGUGAAUGUAAGCUCGCCCCAGAAGAGCGUGGAGGAAGAAGAGGAAGAACCCGUGAUCCAGAAGGACGGGAAGGCGAAUCCAAGUCGCCCAAAUCCAUGGGCGAUGCGCGAUCACACUUCCAAGCUCGUAGAUCCCGAGUUUGAGGACGAAGGAGCGAUCGAUCAAAGCCCCGGGGCCAAGAAGGAGGAAGAAUUCGGCGAGGAGGAGGAAGAGGACGAGGUUGUGGAUGACGAGCUAUGCCGCGGUGUGAGUGGAAUCUGUGUGUCGAAGAAGCCACUCUUCGCCCAAUUCGCUGGAAAGCACAUCCGCUACAAGUAUAACAGCGAUGACGAGCUGCUGGAGGAGGAAGUGAUCGAUCCACCAUCACCGCCACCAGUGGCGGAGCCAUCGCCAUCGAUCACCAAGCUCAACGGGGUCCCAAUCGCCGCUGGCAAGCAUCUCCGCUUCCAGGACCCAUGAAACUUUCGAUCGAUCAGUCACAUCUCAAGCUCUUUUUGAGAAGAAUCAAGGCUUUUUUUUUCUAGAGUUUCCUGUGUCGAUCAGCUCGUAGCUUUCAAUGGAUCAACGAAUCUUUCCA